ACAUAACAAUAAACCCAUUACCUUAGACAUCACCCAAGAGUUAAGUCAUAAAUUAGAACUAACCUCCGAAGACAAUUUUUGUGUGGCUCAGGAAGUAUUAACUCGAGCAAAGGAGGAGGAAGGAAUUACUAUUGACAACGAGGAGGAGAUAUUUAUCCAAAAAUCCUUAACCACUAAUAAUUUAGAAGAAAAAGGAAAUAAUAACCAGCCGGAAGAGAAAAACCAGGAACAAUAUUUAGAACAAACCCUCCAAGCAGUUAAUGAGGAAAUGAUUAAAAACAAUCAAGAGUUAAUUAACUCAAAAAAUCAAGCCAAACAAUUACUCCGUCGGUUAGCCAUUCGGAGAAUAGAAUUAUUUGCUUUAAAUCGGAAGUUAAAUGCCCGACCUAAUAUUACUCAGCAGCAAUAUAAUGACUUACUUCAAAGACCAACCCUGGCGGAGGAUGAAGAAAUAACUAGGCUUGAAAAUGAAGCAAGAAAUUUGAAAGCAGAACGUGAUGCUCGUCCUGCUAAUGUUACUCUUGACCAAUGA